AUGAAGACACCUUUGAUGAUAGAUACUACAGACCAAAUGAUCUCUCUAUUUUUCUUUAUGUAUUUUUCACAUAUUCCACAAGGAAAUCACGGCGAUUGGACCUUGACAUUGAAGAGGAUUUGCUUACAUAGUAAAGUGCCUGUGGACAAACUGGCAAAUUUGUACAACAUCCAUCUUCGCACUGGCUGUUUUUGUAACACUGGAGGCUGUCAACAACACCUCGGAAUCAGUAACGAAGAUGUCAAAAAGAAUCUAAAGGCAGGUCAUGUCUGUGGAGAUUCUUUGGAUUUGAUUGACGGCCGCCCCACUGGAUCAGUCCGAAUAUCCUUUGGCUACAUGUCCACAUUUGAUGAUGCACAAAAAUUUUUGAAGUUUAUUCUUGGUUGUUUUGUUAAGCAGCCAGUUUGCUUUGACAAAGACACCUUGUCCAAGCUUGAAAGGUGUGGAACAAUGAGAGAACGUGACGAAUCACAGGCAGAACAUCUAACGGAUGAAGAAACAACUAAAAUCUCUUCAGAAAUUGCUGCAGCACAAAAUUCUGCCAGGAUUGAGAUUCCCCUAUCUCAGAACUGUUCAGAUAAUCAGCUCGAGUUGGUAGAAAACGGAGAAACUUCCAAAUUAAUCAAGGGCAGUGAGUCAAUCACACUCACCAACAUCUACUUAUACCCAAUCAAGUCUUGUGCUGCUGUUGAGGUUAAGAAGUGGCCUGUUGGAAAGCAUGGCUUAUUAUAUGAUCGUACCUGGAUGAUUGUCAACCAAAAUGCUGUCUGUCUUAGCCAAAAGCAGGAGCCCAGACUAUGUUUGAUUCAUCCACACGUUGACCUAGAGGAAGGGAUCAUGACCAUCAGUGCAGAAGGAAUGGAUCCCAUAGAGGUGCCUCUAGAAGGAGAGGAUAGAAAAGAAUUUUCACCUCAAUUCUGUCAAACCAGAGUCUGUGGAGACAGCAGUAGUAUGGAGGCCUCUAGCCCCCAACUGGAAUCAGUUAAAGAAACUAAUCUCCGAUGUGAGAGGGACCAAAUUCAAGGGCCACUACCAACAUAA